AUGUCACGUCGGAUGCUCGUUCUCGAUGGGCUUUGGUACACAUUAUGCCCCUCAUUCACUCCGUCCGCAUUGCAACGACCCAACUCUCUAUGGACCCGCCGACAGCCUUCAUCAUUGACCCCCCGUCGCACUAAGGCGCCGCCGCGGCAGCGCUGUCAAAGCACCUACGCAUAUCAACCCGACAAUGAGCCCCGGAAACAAAUCAAGGCUGCAUCAAAAGCCUUGGAAGAUAUAGCAAAACCUGUCUCCGCAUCCAUCUCGCUAUCAGAUGAGGUCCUAGAGAAUACACAAGCAAAUCUCGCACCCAGGGACCGGUUCGACAAGAUCGACCAGGAGUCAAUACCUUCACGGCGGAAAAAGGAAGUCAACAAAUGGCCAGGGAUACCAGAAUAUAUUGCUGGGAAGAGCAAUGACAGUCUUGAGGCGCUCUUACAAACCGAAAUGGGUAAGAGGCCCAACAUUACUUCUGCCACUCAUAUCCUGAGGUUGUUGAUAAGGGACCGUGGAAUUCAACCAUCCGCGCGUCAUUACAAAGCUCUUAUCGUGGCCAACUCAGACGGGAUACAUGGUUCACCGAAUUUUGUCAGAAAUCUCCUGGAGGAAAUGGAGAGAUACGGCGUUGCAGCGGAUUCGGGGACGCUCCAUGCUGCCUUACAGGCCCUCGCGGUACACCCAGACUUUUCCCUCCGCCAGGAAGUCCUUCAGAAGUUGCGUGACCGGUGGCUCACCUUGAGCCCGAGUGGGUGGCAUUUCGUUGUCGCCGGUCUUCUUCGAGAGCACAAAUUCGAAAUGGCGCUUGAGCAGAUUUCGUUGAUGCUCCAAAAAGAUAUUCAUGUUGAAAGCUGGCUCCACAGCUCAAUUAUCUAUAACCUUUGUGAUAUGGAAGAACUGGAUGAGGUUCUCCGUUUGAUGGAGGUUCGUGUGCACCAAGGCCACGACAUGACAUCAGCAUUGUGGAUGCACGUGCUUCGGACAGCAGUCGAAGCGCAACAUUACCAGCUGGCGCGCUUUGUGUGGCGGCGUCAGGUCGAGCUUGGUUAUCUUCGUCUUCCUAGUGCUGCAUGUAGCGAUGUUCUUCAACUUGCAGCGGAGAACAGUGACCUCGAAGUUGCCCAGUCAAUUUUUCGCUAUUGUGCUCAGCGAGCGCUAACACCUACUGUCGAGGAUUUUGGACAGCUCGUACUGGCCUAUGUUGGCGCAGACAAUGUGUACGCUGCCUUUGAGACUCUCUGUACCAUCAGGGAAGCUGGUCUUGAGGUGGAUCAGUCGACCACCCUUCCCAUUUUAUCUUACAUGAUUCAAAACAAGACCGAUCGUCGCGAGGCUUGGCAAAUGCUCAAAAAGCUACACAAUGAUAAGCAUGAAGUUCCCCUUGCAGGUAUCCGGGUGAUCGCCGAGCUGUGUGAGCAUGAUGCGCACCAUGACCCGACGGUGGUCGACGAUGCUGUUGGUUUCUAUAAUGAGAUUCACACUCUCUAUUCGCGAGGUGCCGACCUGGAGGUUUACAACAUUCUGAUUCGAAUGUGUCGAAUUGCUGGCAAACGGGAAGCUGGUAUCUUCCUCGUCAAGGAGAUGGCCAAACUGAAUGUCAUUCCCGACUCCGGUACCUUUGAAAGCAUUAUUCUGAUGUGCCUGGACGCGGGAAACUACAAGUCUGCGUUGAUGUACCUGCUGGAUCUUUCUAAGCGAGAAGGAGCUGAGCUCAGCCCUGGGGCGAAGCAAGAGAUUCGGAAGCUCUGUGCCGAGUCUGUCAACGAGUACGCAUUGCGACUACAGUAUCACCCAUUACUUCAAGGUGCUGAAACAUCAGUCUCGGACGCGGGCCCUGAAACAGGCUCGCCCUCUGACCCUACGCGGCCCUUGCGCCAUAAGCUGGGUCGCGAGGAAAGAAUCGCGUACAACAAGGAACGGCGACAAAGAAAGCGACGUCGACUUGCCUUGGAGAGAAUCGCUGCCGAAGGUCAGGCGAGUGCGGAAAAUUCACGCUGCGUCGCGGGUGAAGACGACGAUGAAUCCAGCGAGGCGAGACAUCCGUCUUCUCAAGAUUGA